AUGUCAACGGUUCUCAACUGGACCCUGAUAGAGAAUACUUGUCCUGAGUUUCGGAUGAAUUCGUGGGAUUUUAUACUUGCUAUAGUAGCAUUUGCAGGAGUCGUCAUGACCGGUAUCCAAAUAUACCAAUUCCACCAAAAGAAACGGAAAGGAAGUGUGUUUCUUGGACAACUUGCUGGAUGCGACUUCACGAUUUGUUUUUAUUAUCUAUGGAUGUAUUUUGUCACUUCACUCACUAUGCAUUACCAAAAUAACGUGAGAACUAGACAUGCCGGCCAUGGCAUUACUGAUGUCCUAAAACUGGCUUAUUCUGAUGAUGGCAAGUUUCAGACCUUUGCGGAAUGGCGAAUUGAAAUGCAAACGACUGACAAACUGGUCAGAAUCUUCAACGACACAUUCAUGACUCUCAUCUUCUUUUGCAUCGUCGUUGAGAAAUUCUUAUGGACGUUUUCUUCAAGAACUCGCCUAACCUGGACAAUGUUCACAAUGGCCAAACCAAAACUCUAUAUUAUUCUUGCAUCUGCUAUAUAUUCCGUGGUUCAGGUUUUCACCAAAUCAUUUGUUCUUUCUGAUAUCCCAUUCUGCGACAUUGCCCUUCAGCCGGACUGGUUUGUUGGUUUCAUUGCUCGGUUCUUUCAAUUGUAUCUGGUUCCCGGAAUCUCCAUAAUUUUACAUGUUGCAACUUUCAUUUUUGCCUGUCUUACUAUCCCUCGAUUGUCGAAAAUCGGGCAAGAAGAGAAUGUAGUUAGUCAAGAGGAAGGUAAUUCGGAAGACGUGGAGGCAAAAGUGUCGGCUAAAGUAAACACGGACCUCAUCAAGCGUUCUAUCAUUUGCAUGCUCGUCGUCUAUGCCACCUUCCUCAUCCGCACAUUUUGCUAUUACAUUUUUAUCGACCCACAAACCUCCAAUUUGUUCAAAAAAGUGUCAAACUCUCGGACUUUAACACAUUGGUGGUACGACUUCAUGAGCGUAAUUUUCUCUGGGUCUCGAUACAUUGUUUAUUACGCAUUCUGUCGUGAUCAGUUGGUUACAGAAUUUCCACCAAUGCCAUUUGGACAGUAA